UGCAAACAUCGCAUCACGCUUGUUUACUUUACUAUACUAUACUGUACAUUUUUUGCAUACAUGUGACCCCACUCGUGACGAUGCCCGAUGGAUGGGUACACCGUCGAUAUUACAAUACAGCAACGAGAGAAGAGAAAAAGAACCAUGUCAACUCAACUCAACCCAGCCAUGUCAACUAUCACCAACCCAUGGCAAAGCAACUUCAUCACCUCACCAACCCCCAUCCAUCCACCCCCCCCGGAUCCUCCCACCGUCCACGCCGCCCAAAGAAAGAAUACGGGCGGGUGAGGCGGAGGCGGAGGCAGAAGAGUACUAGAAAAUACCACGCCAUGCACACACCCUGCAGCUAUCUGCAUCUGCAUCUUUUGUAUCCACUCAGACACACCCCGACACCUGGCACGACUACUGCUGCUGCUGCUGCUGCUGGUUGUGCACCUAUUCCAGUUGGAGAGGAUGGAUGUAACUCUACUUGUUAAAAGGAUACUUUUGUCGGCACGCACCUGCGUGGGCACUCGGCCAGGAAGGCAGGCAGGCAACCCCACUAUAGCUCCCCAUCCACAUCCCCAGUCAAGCCCAUCGUCUUAAUUCCAGCCCAUCACUCUUUCUCACCCUCAUCCUCAGCCUCUCCAGCCACCAGAUCCGCAUUCCCCAUAUACCCCCAACUCCCACCUGCGGCAUCCCUCUUCUCACUUCCUCUCCUCCUUUGUUCUCCCUCUCUCCCCACAUUCUACCUUCUUUGUCUCUCUCCCAUCUCUCCCUUGCUUUCAUGCAGGAAGGAAAAGCCAUUGACACAUUGCCGACACCUUCGUUGACUUUCUUGCUUGCUUUCCACACUCGCUGAGGAAUUGGGUUUCCUACCCACGUUGAACACCACACACGGCUUUGGUGGUUACUCAAUCACUAUCUGAACCACCCAUUGAGAUACAAAAAUCCCAUCUCAACAACCUACCCACCACCACAGGCCCAAAAUGCGUUCCCUCCUCCUCCUCCUCUCCCUCCCCCUCCUCUCCUCCGCGGCAGCCACCCUCCCCACCACCGCCCCGCAGGCACGCGCCAUCGAAGUAGGCGUCGACGUCUCUCUGAACGGGCAACAAGCCCAGCGCUGCCCCGACCACUGCAGCGCCACGACGACGACAGAGACAACUACGUGUUAUGAGACGGUCACCGAGACUGCGCCGGGGGGAACGAUUACCUUGCCGGGUGUUACUGUGACCGAGACGGGUGCGGGGGUUACUGUGACCGAGACGGGGCCGGGGGCGACGGUGACGGAGACGCAGCCGGGGGGGACGAUUACGUUGCCGCCUGUGACGGAGACGACGACUUGCUUUGAGACUGUUACGGAGACGGGGCCGGGGGGGACGAUUACGCUGCCGCCUGUUACGGAGACGGCGCCGGGUGUAACUGUUACGGAGACUGGGGCGGGCGUUACUGUCACGGAGACCGAAGCGGGAACUACUGAGACUGUUACCGAGACGGCGGCGGGAGGCACUGUUACGCUGCCGCCUGUGACGGAGACGGCGCCGGGUGUUACUGUUACGGAGACUGGGGCGGGCGUUACUGUCACGGAGACUGGGGCGGGAGGCACGGUCACUGAGACGGAGACUACUACGUGCUUUGAGACUGUCACGGAGACGGGAGCCGGAGGAACGGUGACUACGACCAAGUAUGACCAUGGGAAGACGGAGACUGUGACGAAGACGAAGACCAAGACGGAGACGGAGUAUAAGUAUAAGACUAAGACGCAGACUGUUGUUGUGCCUACCACGGUUGUGAAUGAGGAGACCGCUACGAUCACGGCUACAUACAUCGAGACCGAUAUCAUCACAUCCGUCGAGACCGACAUUCUCACGGACAUUGUCACCCAGACCGACUCCUACGCCGUCACGACCACCGAUACUUACGAGGUCACCCAGACGUCCGUCACGACUUACACCCAAGUUAUCACCCUGCCGCCGGUGACAUACACCACCACCGCCGAAGGUGUCAUCACCACCAUCACCGAGCCAGGCGUGGUGACUACCAUCAUCACCACCGCCUACGUGACUGAGGUCAACACCGUCCGUGAGACCGCCACCAACACCGUCCACGACACCGUCCGCGAGACCGAUGUGGUAACCAGCACCGUCUCCGCCGUCAUCACCACCACCCUUCCAGGCGUGGUAACAACCAUCUCUGGCACCCCAAUUACACUCCCCGGCGUCGUCACCACCAUCACCGUCCACGAAACCGACGUGGUAACCCGCACCAUCUCUGCCCCGGUAAUCACCACCACCCUCCCCGGCGUGGUAACCACCAUCCGCGGAACCCCAGUUACUCUCCCCGGCGUCGUGACCACCAUAACCGCCUCCGUCUCCUUCGUCGGCACCCGCAUCUCCACCUGCGCCGUUCCCGCGCCUACAAUCCGCAACGUGAAGCCCCAACCCGAUAACUACACCUGGGGCUGUCCACCCGGCCAAAUCUGCGCCCCCCGCCACCCCUUCGGCUGCGACGUCUUCGCCGACCCUCCCUCGCGCAGCUACGUCUGCGAUCCGCUCGACUGCUUUGAUGCCCCUAAGCCUACGCUGGUGGAGUGGAAGCACGGACAAACAGGGUACUACCCCCUUACCCCCGGGUAUUUCGCGCUUUCACCCCUGGCAUUCGGAUUAAGCUACGACAUCUUCUCCGAAGACAUCGUCGUGGAAGUCGUCAACGGAGUCCCCGUCGCUACCAUCACCACCGGUAACUGGGCCAGCCAAGCUACCAUCACAGCAGCUUACACCGCCCCUGCCCUGCGCCGACGCGCCCCCGAAACCGCACCAGCGAUCUGCUACCCCCAGUGCAACAACAUCGUCACAACCGGGCAAUCCAUCGGCAAGACACCUGCUCUCUGCGCGCCUGGUUCCGCAUUCUUGAACUACGUGUCGGCAUGUAAACAGUGCGUUGCCAACAACGGUGAUGCCACCCAGAAGAGUCUGCAGGAUUACGUUAUCCCGCAAUACCAGCAAUGGAUCGAUUUCUGCGACGCCCACGGCUCCGAGAGCGUCGUUACCCCUGGUGGUGGACAGGGCCAAAACGGCGGUGGUGAGGUUACUACCCAGACCCCUGGGGAGACGCAGGGAGGUGAUGGAAUUCCCGUCACGCCUACUGGGUGGAGGAAUUCGACUAUGACGACGAGGAGUAGUAGGGUGCCGACUUCGACUAUUGCGGAGCCUGGGACUACUGAGACCGGGGUGUCGAGUUCGUCGAGUGAGGUCCAGACGGAUGUGCCUACUGGGACUACGAGCAGUGGUGGUGGUGGAGGAGGUGCGGCCGGACCUACUGGUGGAAAUGGGGGAGGCUCGACGCCGCCUGGUCCGACUAUUUCGGCGAUUCCUAAUGAGGCGCACAGAGUUGGUGGAAGCGUGGGCGGUAUGGGAGGUGUGUUGGGGUUGGUGAUGUUCGUGGUUGGGUUUGUGAUGUUUGGAUAAACACCAUGCCACGAUGAAGAGGAGAUACUAUGCGGAAGACGGGCAAGAAGAGGAAUUGGGGAGGAAGAGGAAGAGCACAGUGACGAUGGAUUGGAGAGAUGAUUGAUUGAUACCCACGCUCCUUUACGACGCGAUGUGAUGCGAUGCAUGCUCGAAUUUGCGAUUUUUGGAAGAUGUUUAUAUACCCACCACGCUCCUUUUUUGGAUGAUGACGACGACGAGGGCGUUUUUGGCGUUUUGAGAUUUUGGAUUUGAAGACGAGAAAAAGCAGAGGUUGGAUUUAAUGGGCGAGGAUGAUGGGGAUGAGGGG